GCUUGUAUUAAAGUAUGAAAAAACGAAAUCCUACAAAUUAUUAUGUUAUAAUUAAUUAUUGAAAUGUCGAAGGAAAAUGCGAAUUUGCGUCUUUUAGGUUCUCCAGUGAAUCUUUCAUACAGAAGCAAGAAAAAGGACGAUAAAAAGAAUAUACGAAAUCGUCCCCGUUCAGCUCUUCAAAGUUCUUGUAUCACACCGGAAAAUCCAGAAAGAUUUAAGCGACCAUUUUCUGCAGACACUAAGGAGAGAGCUUCUACUACUAGAUCCUUUUUAAAAUCGUUUAGUGCGGAUUUACUGCAGUCGUACAACAAUGCCCCAACUAAUUUAAAAAUAGUUCCACCGACAACCAUUUUACUUGGUGAUACCAAACCAUAUGAAAAUUUUAAAGUAAAAGGCAACAAAGAAACUUGUAGUAAUGCCUCAGACUACGGCUCAGAAGAUACAUUUAUUAGUUUAGGUACUAAGAUUAAAACAAAAGCUCAAACACCUCCUAAAAAAAAUACAAAUCCAAAAGCAUUGAAAUACAGAAACGUUGCAAAGAAAGGACGUAAAAUGGAACAACAACAAACAAAUGAUGACAAAGGAAAUGAACAAUAUGGUUUGGAAAUUACUAUUAAAGAAAGGGCAAAAUCUCAGUCACCUUGUAGGGAUAUUGAUGCGUUUUUUCACCGAAGUGCAUCACCUUCCUUCAAAAAAAGAGCUUACGAAUCAUAUUUUGUACCCCUUGAUAAUAAUAAAAAUAAAUCUGAUCAUGAUAAUUUAAGCGAACAUCAAUUACUUGACUCUGAUGAAAUACCAUUGGAUAUGCAAAAAGAAAUAGACGCAUACUCUCGUCGAUUACCUUUAACUAAACAACAAUUAUCUUUAGUAGAGGAAGAAUCUACACAAGACCUUGAAAGUAUUCCAUCAAAUAAUUUACCAAGUUUGUCACCUGAAGCAUCAUUAAAUGAAAAGCAUCGUAAUCCAAAUAAACAAGAUUUUACUAUUCUCAAUAUUAAGACUCAUACAGAAAAAGGCGAGAACUACACAAGAAACCAGCAAAACUUCUCCAAUGAAUCAAAAACAUAUAGAAGCUUUUAUGAAGACUUCAAUAACCAUGAUAAUACAUUUAAAAAUAACUUUUCAAGUACUGUCAUUCAUACAGACUCUUCUUCUAAAGAUUCUGGUUACCCUGAAAGUGUUACGAAAGAGGAUAAAAUGUAUGUUCAAAACUUUUCUCUUCCAUCUGCCACAAUACUAAGAAAAUCUAGCUCUGAUAACAACUUACAUGAACAACCGAAGAGUUUAGAUAGUGCAUCACUUGGAAGUAAUGAAAAAGAUUACCAUAACAUGUAUCCGCCUGACAAAAAGUGGGCGGAGCCUCUGAAUCAUAGUCGUUUGCUUUACAAAGAUUUCUUUUUGAAGAAAGAGGGUCAUUUAGCAGUUCCGCCACAGAAUUCACCUGAUAGAUCCUGCUUAACGCAUAAAAGUGAAGCAAAUUACGCAAAUACAAAUUUAAAUGAUGAGAACGUUGAACGAGAGAUUAGUGAAUACCCAAAGUAUUUAUUAAAUAGUAGCACAAAAGCGUAUACGUCCAAAGUUAUUGAUGAUUACAAAAGAGAAAUAGAAGCUAUUAACAAUUUACAUGAACUAACACUAAAAGAUAUAAAAACAGACUCGAUAUCACCUACACCUCUUCAUAUUGAAACUAUGUAUGAACAAUCAAAUAAUCGUUAUGAAGAUAAACAUAAUUCCAUUGAAAGUUCCCAGAAUAGUUACGAAACCAGUGCCUCGCCGAUGGAAGACAAAAAUUGUACAAAUAACAAAAGAGAUAUUUCUAAAGUAACAACAAGGGAAUUAAUUCAGAAUUAUUUUAAAAUAAAACACGAUUAUCCAAAAGGAACUAAAGAGAAUGUGUUAAAAAAUCUAAAGAAAUUUGAGAAGAAACUUAACAACUUGAAAACAGAUAACAAAAGUCCUAAGUUAGAAUGGAAAAAUAAUAAAAGCAAUCUCAGUAGACCCGGACAAGAAACAGUUAAACAUCAAUCACCGAAAAACAUUUUUACAACAAAAAUACCUCUUAGCUCUAGAAUAGAGAGUGUACAAAAUGACAAAGAUGUGGAAUCAUGGAUGUCGUUAACAUUUCCAACGCCUCGAAGAACGCCUAUAGACACUGUAGAUAAUGCAGAAACAAUAGCCGAUGUUCCUAAAGAAAACCCGAGAACUACGACACCAAAAGAGGCAUCUGUUACCGAAGAAGGACCUACUCCAACAAACGUUACCCCAGAGAGGCCUACUACAACAGAAGUAGUUAAAACAAGAGAGUUAGAUUCCAAGGCCACAGUUCUAGAUAUAUAUUCAAUGUUAAAAGAAAUUGAAAGCUAUGGUGAUAAUCCUGUAACUACAGUUACAAAUGUUGAGGAAGUUAAUGAGGAGGUACCAAAAGAUGAAAAUAGAGCUUCAACACCAAAAGAUAAUUUUACGGAAAUUUUUGAAUUUUUGGAAAAGGUUGAACAAAGUGCGAAUGAUGCUUUAUCUGUUGUUACGAAUGCAGCUCCACAAAACACUCCAAAGUUAGAGGUGCUGCUAAAGUUGCCACACACGGAGUUGGCGCAGCGCGUGGUGACCGCAUCUCUGCAGCUCGAGGAGCGGUCUUGUUGCAUCGCGCUACUGCAGGAGAGCUUAGCCAAUCAUAAGCAACAGAUGAUUACAAAAGUGAGCAAUUUAGAGAAACAAUCUCAACGAAACAUAUUGAAAGUAAAGCAAGAAUGUGAAGAAACUAUAAAACGCCAUCAGAAUUUUAUAGACCAGCUUAUAAACGACAAGAAGACAUUGAAUCAUCGCAUAGAGCAGCUGGUUGACGAGAGACGUUCGCUUGAGGAGCGGUGGAAGAGGUCCGUGCAAACACUAGAGGAACGCUACAAGCUGGAGUUGCGCAACCAGCAUGACAAAAUGGCCGCCGCGCAACAGGUGGCCAGGCAACGAUGGGUUCGACAGAAAGCUGAGAAAAUAAAGGAGUUAACAGUGAAGGGCUUAGAAGGAGAAUUGAGAGAGAUGGCGGAGCGCCAGCAGAAGGAGAUAUCAGAUCUGAGGAUGUCGCACGCGGAGCAGCUCGGCAAGGCGCAGGCGAAGCACGCCGCCGAGCUGGAGCUGCUGAGGAGAACCUUGGAGGAGGAGAAGGAGGAAGCGCUUGUAAAGGAGAGGCAGCUGGCCAGCUCGAGACUGGAGAAGCAGAUGCUAGAAAUAGAACUGACAUACCAGGAGCAACGCACACGGCUCGUGUCAGAGUUGCGAGCGGAAGGCGAGCGCGCGGCGCAACAACUCGCCGACAGGGAACGAGAACAGAGAGAAGAAAUCGAGAAAUGGAAAGAAGAACAAGAGAAUUUGCUGCAAAAGAAACGCGAAGAAUUGGAUAAGGAGAUUGCAGAAGAAAAAGCAAGGAUUGAGGAACAACUAAAAGAAAAACGCAUUGAACUGGAGGAAGAGUUUGAGCGAUACAAGAAGGAGUUCGAAGCGGAGCAGCAAAUUGUUUUGAAGAAGAAAGUGACGGAGAUAUCAGCGCAGCACAAGUUGGAGCGGGACAGGGAGAUAGAGAAGGCCAUAGAGAGCAUGGAGGCUGAAGCCCAGGCGGGAAGAAGAGAGCUUCAGGAAGCAAUGAGAAGGAAUAAGGAGCAAUACGAAGCAGAGUUGAAGGAGUUGGGGCAGACGGAGCAGGCCACACUCCGCAGGUACCAGGAGGCGCAGGCGCGUGUUCGACACACCGAGGACAGAUGCGCUGAAUUGGAAGUAACAAUUGGUCAGUUGGAAGCGAGAAAUAAAGUACUCACAGAGAAAAAUAUUCAAUUGGAUAGUGAAGCGGAGGCGGUGCGGGCGAGCUGUGAGACGACAUGGCGCAACAAGCUGGACACAUUGACCAGGGAAACUGAGGAUAUGAGACACAAACAUGAUGAGCAGAUGCAUCAGCUAUAUGCCAAGGUGAAGGUGGCUGUGGCCAAGAAGGACUCCACCAUUCAGGCGCUCACGAGAGAGGCCGCCAAGUACCAGGAGAAGAUAACUUUACUAGAGCAGAAGCUGCAGCAGCAGAGGAAAGAUUUUCUCAAACAAAAAUGAUUUGAUCACAAAAUAAUGAUACGAUUUAUGAA